GCAAUCUUAUGACGUUAGCGCGAAUUGGCCGACGUCUGCUUUACUAGCAGGCUUCCGGUGCCGCUGGGUAUCUCCCGGUUCCACACCAUGCGACCUCAAUUCUGCCGGGUGGCCGGCACUGCGUCACGACACGUCGCUCGUGACAUUCCAUCAUCACAAAGGCCCAUUCCAGUAGUCAGAAAGUCGCGGUCAUCGUCAUAAUGGACCUAGACGGUGAUUGGAUCAUUGUCCCGCGCCACGUCGACGAGCCAGAGCCGCCUUAUCUCGGCGACAUCAGCUCUUACGUCGACAGCAUUGCCGAGUCCCUGUGGCCGGUCAACAAGACUAUCCAUGAUAACCCCGAAUUGGGAUACGAGGAGCACAUUGCCCAUGAUACCUUGGUCGAGUUUGUGAAGUCCCAAGGGGGCUGGAAAGUGACACCAUCGGCCUACGGAAUUGAGACAGCAUGGGUAGCGGUCCAUGACACCGGGCGCGAAGGACCGGUGGUCUCCUUCAAUGUUGAGAUGGAUGCCCUUGUCGGUAUAGGCCACGCCUGUGGCCACAACCUCAUCGCCACCGCUUCGAUGGCAGGCGGCCUCGCCGUGGCAGAGCUGAUGCGCCAGCACUCACUGCCCGGGAAGGUUAUCCUCUUCGGAACACCCGCCGAAGAAGGGGGCGGUGGCAAAAUCAAGCUCAUCGACGCCGGCGCGUACAAGGACCACGGCGUCGACCUGAACCUCAUCUCCCACCCGGGCAUCACGCACGACAGCGCGCUGAUGAGGACUACGGCAUACACGCGCUUCAAGGUCGAGUACUUUGGCCGAGAGGCCCACGCAGCUGCCAACCCGUGGCUCGGUAUCAACGCCCUUGACGCCCUGAUCACGGCAUAUAACUCCCUAUCCGUGCUCAGGCAGCAGACCAUGCCGGGUGAUAUCAUCCAGGGCCACAUCACCGACGGCGGGGCCGCUCCGAACAUCAUCCACGCCUACGCCGCCGGCGUGUUCGUGGUCAGGGCAGACACGCGCGCCAGGAUGCUGGAACUCAAGAAGAAGGUCGACGGGUGCUUUGCGGCCGGUGCCACUGCCACGGGCGCGAAGCUCAAGAUGACGGAGGAGAUGGGUUAUGCCGACCACGUCCCCAACCGGGUGCUGGCGCGGAGUUACACGCGAUACUUCAACAGCCUGUUGCCACAGAAAGAUGACCCAUAUGAGCCGCCCAGCUCGAAGAUACCUACUGACCAGGAUGCGGACGAGGCGAGGGGGGUUACGAGAGCCAGCACCGAUCAGGGCGACAUUAGCUACGAGAUGCCGAGCCUGAGUGUUGGCUUCUCAAUUGUGCCUGGGCCGGGUGGACAGGGUCCUCACAAUCCCGAAUUUGCAAGUGCAGCUGGUACGAGGGAUGCGUUCGAGCGUUCCUUGAGGGUUGGGAAGGCCUUGGCGGGGACUGCGGUGGAUGUACUGACUCAGAAGGGCAUGCUCGAGGCUGUGCAGUCUGCUUGGAAGAAGGACAUGGAAAAGAACGCUUGACAUUCAGCAGCCAUGACGCACACUGGGCACAUUGUCCACGACUACAGGACCCUAUAUCCUUGCGAGCAAGAUUUCUUCUUACAAAGAAAUCUACCUCAUUGACAUUACCACUGACUUAUUCGUGAAAGCAACUUAUGGAUCUCUGAUCCGACGUCGACCCAUAUUUCCAGAGUUGUUGUUUGGGAUGCAUUGUCUUCAGGCCUAGGACGUCUCCAAGGCUUUUAUGUUCCGAGUCCUCAGUAAGAAUGGCCAGCUGCCUUUCUUGCAUGGAGGCUCUAUGUAUGUCUCAGACGUAUACGGAAUAGAAGCAAAACCAG